AUGAAUGAGUGGGGUCCCACGGAGCUUCACCGUAAGGUGAGGCUAAAUGAUAUAUUAAAGGGGUCUGGACAGCCGGUUAGCGAGGAGCUGGCCUGGGCCCUGUGCUACCAGUGCAGCUGUGAACUCAAGCAGAUGAUACUGAGAGGUGGAUGGUUCCCAGCAUUAAGGGGGACAGAACAUAUCUACGUUCACCAGGAUGGUGCGGUGUCUUUUGUGGCCUCAAAUGAUCUCAAGGACUCAAGCCUGUCUGAGACAAGGGUUAUCGAGAGCCUUGGGAAGGCGGUGUACACUGCCCUGGACUGGGGUCUCAGCAGUGACAUUGAACGCGUUCUGGGUGACUCUCUGGACGACCUGCUCUUCUAUAUGCUGGGCCUGCACACCACCACCGGCAGCAAAUCCCCUGAAGCAAAGAGGCAUGCCUUCACUCUGAAUGACAUCAUAAAGGAAUGUGUUGAGAGACUGUCUGCUCCUUCGGAGGCAUCCAAUCACUACAAAGCCGUCUGCCGCAGCCAGUAUGCGGAGUAUCAGGACAUUAACAACCUCCUGCAAACCAUAGAGUUUUCCAAGCAGAGUUUGAAGCGAUUGAAAUCCACUGAGGAGAUAGACGAUGGCAUACUUGUAAUGUAUGAUAACUGGGGUAUUGCCUGGAGUAACGUGAUGAAUGAGCUUCGUGUUGGGAUCAGUCUUCGCAGCUUUGACCAGCGUUCCUAUACUGCACGCCCUGUAGAGUAUACUCUUACUCCAUAUGAGCUACUGAUGGAUGACAUCCGGUCCAAGAGAUACGUCCUGCGUCCAGUGAAGGAAUGUGAUCAAAACAAGUCGAGUAGGAGUGAAGACAACUUCAUUUUGGACCUGAUUCGCACACAUACGCUGAAACCGGCAUCAGAAAGGAAGCUGAAAGAGCGAUCCCAGGAGGAGCCAAGCCUCCAUGAUCAGCUGAUGUCCGAGAUUAAAUCUGCAAAGACUCUAAGAUCAACAUUGGAUGUAAAAAGAAGCGUAAUACAAGAUGAAGAAUUUAAACUUUCUGGCAAUGCAAGCAUGGUGAAGCGUGAAUAUUCCUUAUACAGUUGCAGAAUGGGGAACAGGUGGAGUCGGCUGCCUUUUGGUGAUCCACUGGACAAUGGAGUUGAUGGCCGAGUCAGCUGGCACCCUGAAUUCAGCUAUGAAUCUUCAUCUGAACACAGGUUUUCUGACCUGACAUCGAGCAGCACUGAUCUUUCCUUUUUUCCUGUGCUGACUUCCUCCCAAGUGGACCUAAGAAUGACCAGUAUUUCAAACUCCGAGAAGCGGACAUCAUAUGUCCACAAGAGGUCAAACUCCUAUGAGGGAUCCUUCCAAGCCAGCAGCUUUAUGAAGAGUUGGCGCACUCCAAGGAUUCGUCUACCCCCGACCAUCUCAGAGUUGAUCCCAGUACGAAGACUAAUUGUAAAAAACGAAAUGCUGGUGUUUGCAUCAAGUAAAGACUUCCCUGGGUACAAGGCUUGCUCCAGCUGUUACCGAAAGAGGCUUUUCUUCUCCUGGCUGUUCUCCUGCAAAUUCUGUGACAGGACAAUCUGCCCUGAAUGUCAUAUAGAGAUGUUGAUGCCUUUCAAUCAAUGCAUGCAUCUUCCGGUAAGCUUCUUCAAAGCUUUGGUCUUGACUCGGGACAAUGAUCCUUACUGCCAAGAACAGAAAAAUCGGAUGUUCCUCAGGGAGGUCAUGUACUGGGAUUAUUCCAGUGUCCCCCUGGUCUUUGAACCCAAACAAUUAGUGGAAGAACUUUCCUUUUACAAGAGGAUUAUGCAUAACUGGACUUCUGUGGACAUUUGUAUAAAAUGUGAGGAAUAUAUCUUGGAUGUUCUAGAUUCAAGCCAACAAAGUGCGUUCAGAGACAGCUCCUUGAAGUCUCGUAGCAUUUCAGAAUCUUCUGCCAUACUGCCAAGACAUUAA